GAGAUGGAGGCAGGUGGGAUGCAAAGAGACAGCGCAGGGAAAUGAGGAGCCGGAAGGUGGUAUGGAAAGGUGGGUACCAAAUACAAAAGGUGGCCUGGGGCAGAUUAUUACAACAUGACAUCCACUGGCGGCUCUACCGACAUUAAACUUUACCUUGGCUUGAUAUCUGCCCCUCCCUUCUCCAGCCCCCUCAUAGUCUGCAGCUUGGCAAAGGUUAAUUUCACAUUCACCUCCCAAAAUCUGCCUCCUCCACAUCGCCGUUUGGCUGCUGCCUCCCUUUUUUUUUUUUUUUACAUUUUAAUAUGUUAUAAAUAGGGCAGUGUGCGGAGGUCGUGCUCAGUCAGCCAGUGCUCUGGGCUCACUAUGCAACCUUGCUGCCUGCUCCUGACGCUCGGCCUACUGGCUGCUGCCCCAUCCCUAUUACGGGCAUGCCCUGCCAACUGCCACUGCCACGGAGGGGACCUUCAGCAUGUCAUCUGUGACACCGCCGGGCUGACCAAGCUGCCCAAGGUCUCCGAGCAAACCCGCCUGUUAAACCUACAGAGGAAUAACUUCCCUGUGCUAGCCCCGAACGCCUUCAAGGAGAUGAAGGGAUUGGUCUCCUUGCACAUGCAACACUGCAAGAUCCGGGAGGUCUCCAGCGGAGCUUUCCGGGGUCUCAAAAGAUUGGUCUACCUCUACCUGUCCAACAACGAGAUAAGCGUUCUGGGCACGGGAGCGUUUGACGAGUUGUCCGAACUCACCUAUCUCUACAUGGACCACAAUAAGAUCAUUGACCUCCCCAAAGGGCUCUUCUCACCUCUCUUCAACUUGUUUAUCCUGCAGCUCGGCAAUAACAAAGUGCGGGAUUUGAAGGCGGCGACCUUCACAGGGGCCAAGGACCUCCGCUGGCUCUACCUAUCUGAUAAUGAGAUCACUAACAUGCAGCCGGGGUCUCUGGAUGAGGUGGAGAACCUGGCCAUCUUCCACAUGGAUGGCAACCAGUUGAGCUCCUACCCGCUGGCAGCCAUUAGCAAGCUGAGAGUGGUAGAAGAUCUGAAGAUAUCCAGAAACCCCAUAAAGAUCAUCCCAGAUUUUGCCUUCCAGUCCUUUGGGCGUUAUAUGGAGUCUCUGUCCAUGGAAAAUAUGGGUGUGGAGAAGUUUUCAGACAAAGCGUUCGUUGGGGUCACAACUCUGAAGACGCUAAACAUCGAGGGCAACAAAUUGAGCCAACUUCCUGCCAAUGUGCCAUACUCCUCCCUACAGAGCCUCGCUCUGGCUAAUAACCCAUGGCACUGUACUUGCCAACUGGCAGCCCUGCGGAGGUGGGUAGAUGGGAGCCGCGCUCGCCCUAAUGCCACCUGUGCCAGCCCCUCACAGUACCGUGGGCAGCAGCUGAAAGACACCGGGGCCUUCCGUUCCUGCAAGCAGCCAACCAAGAAACUAAAGAAGACUGAGCGUCAUUAAAGGCACCUAAGGGACAGUCUCGGCAACUGAUUGUUGACAAGAAAACUACUGACCUCUAUGACCAGCCAGAAGCUCCCACCAAAGUCUGCACUCAUCUCUUACUUCCCUUAGUUCCUAUGGUUCCUCCAGUCCCUGGUGGUUUUGCCCUAUGCACUCUGCUAAUACAUAUAGUGACUAUACAGUAUAUAUAACAUAUACUCUGCCAUACAGCUAUAUCACAUUACUACCUGUGUACUGUCCAGUAGAGUCAAAGCUAUUCUAAUACUUCGUAUACAUAAAACCCACCUCCCUAACAGCUAAGCCAAUGGUUCUGAUCCGUAUACAACUGGCUGAAACAUAGGCAGCAAAUCCCAACCAGCUAUUUAUCAUGAAGAUAUUCUUAUCUAUUUAUUCUUGUUCAGUUACGACCCCUAAACCUAGAGAUUAAACCUCAAAAGCACCCUUCUCCCAUCAAUAUCGCUCCCCCUGAUACACAUGGAUUCCAAAACUGUUGUUUCCAUUAAAUUGUUUAUUUUCUUAUAUAAAUUUGGAUGUAUAUAAACAUUUUGGCUGCAAUUA